AUGGGUGCUACCGACGAAGGUUGUAAAAGUCUCUAUGUCGGAAAUCUCGACCCAAGAGUAACUGAUAGUAUGCUUCAAGAGAUCUUUUCGGUGGCUGGUUCUGUGAACAACACCAAAAUUAUUCCCGACAAAAAUUAUCAACAUGGCGGUUUGAAUUAUGGAUUUGUAGAAUUUAAUGACCAUCGUUCUGCAGAACAAGCUCUCCAGACGUUGAAUGGAAGGCGAAUAUUCGACAUGGAAAUUAAAGUGAAUUGGGCUUUUCAAGGUCAACAAGGGCACAAAGAGGACACAUCAAAUCAUUAUCAUAUUUUUGUCGGUGACUUGAGCCCAGAAGUGAAUGAUGAGGUGCUAGCGAAAGCUUUUAGUGCAUUUGGCAGCAUGUCGGAUGCCCGUGUAAUGUGGGAUGUCAAUUCUGGUAAAUCUCGAGGAUAUGGUUUUGUAGCUUUUCGCGAUAAAACGGACGCAGAACAAGCCAUUGCAACUAUGAACGGCGAGUGGCUUGGAAGUCGCGCAAUUAGAUGUAACUGGGCCAACCAAAAAGGUCAACCUGGACCAGGAAGUACAACAUCGGAAAGGCAAGGAACUCCUCCUCAAGCCCCUCAACUUUCCUACGAUAUUGUUGUCCAACAAACGCCACAAUACAACAGUACCGUUUACGUUGGGAACUUGCCAGCUUAUACAACACAGGAGCAUUUGAUACCAUAUUUUCAACCAUAUGGAUAUAUUAUUGAAGUUCGGAUGCAAGCAGAUCGUGGGUUUGCUUUUGUGAAACUCGAUACACAUGAAAAUGCCGCUCAUGCGAUUGUGAAUUUGCAACAAACUACAAUUAAUGGCCGUGUUAUAAAGUGUUCUUGGGGAAAAGAUAGGGCUCCUGAUCAACCAGCAACUACUUAUCAUGCUUACGGAGUACCAAGCACUUACAACUAUAGCCCUUACGCAUAUUAUAAUACGCAAGCAGCUGCUUCGGCUUCCGGUGGUGCACCUGGAAUGGGUACUCCUACUUCUCCUCAUGCAGUUGCUGGUGGUCAUCCAGGUAUGCACGGACCUAAUGGUGGCAAUGCUUAUUCAGGUUAA